AUGUCGGUUGCUGCCGCCGAAGAGAGGAGCCCUCUCGGGGGCAGGCGACCGCGCUGCCGUCCGCCUUCACCGUCCCCGCUGGGCACUCCCGGGGCCGGGGCCGGUUUCAGGGGCGCGCACAAACUUUCCCCGGGCAGGCCCGUCCGUUUCCGCCCGCUUGCGCUGGCUGCAGAUCAAGGCUCAAUUUUGCUGGAUAAGGACGGAAAGAGAAAACAUACCAGACCCACUUUUUCUGGCCAGCAGAUUUUCGCCCUGGAAAAGACUUUCGAGCAGACGAAAUACCUGGCGGGCCCGGAGCGAGCCCGGCUGGCCUAUUCCCUGGGGAUGACGGAGAGCCAAGUCAAGGUGAGAGGAGCGGCUCCCGCCCGGAGCGCUGCGGGGCUGGGGGCGCGCAAAGCGCCCGCCUCGGACCGCGGGCCCCCGCCUCGGAAACCGCCUCCGGCUUGGGGGGGCGGGGGUGGAAACAUGAUCCCUCUGCACCGUUUUAAACUAAGUAUAAUAUGA